AUGUCAUUCAGUAAGUUCACAGAAGGUCUCAACGAGAAAUUUCAGCAGCUGUCUACCACUGUUUCCGGGAAAGCUCAGGAAUUCUCACAGGGCAUUCCUGUCACCCAUAGAUACAUGCAAGAGAAGUUAGGUCAUGCAACUGAUAUCUCAGAGAUGCCACAGGAAUAUAUCGAUUUGACAACAAAGGUUGACGCUAUCAAAUUGAUCUACAAUCAUUUCCUGCAGGUAACUCAAGUCUAUGACAACGAAUCCUACGACUACCCUAAAUAUAUCAAUGAAUCGAUUAACGAAUUUUCCAGGACUGUAGGUUCGAAGAUUCAAGAAUUGUCCCAUGCCUCAUCUGCACACGAAGCUCAUUCCAUCUUAUCUGCUCCUGGUCCUUCCAAAGAUCCCAAGACUUUGAACUACGCUCUAAGCAGGGUUUCCUUGGUGUCAAGCGAAUGUAUGGAACAUUUGAGUACUCAUGACGAUGCUCUUUUGGCUUCUUAUCUGAUGAAAUAUUCUGAUAUUCAAAGCCGUGUGGCUCAGGCUCGUCUACACCAGGAUUCCUUGGUUCAAACUCAUUUCAACGCAAAGUUGAGAGAAGAAAUCGAUGGUAACUUAAAGAGGGCCCACAGGGUGCGUAGAGAUGUAGAGAACAAACGUUUAACCUACGAUGCAUCUCGUACCCAUCUGGAAAAGGCUAAGCCUGAGAAGGAAGCUCAAUUGAGGGUCCAGAUGGAAACCGCUGAAGAAGAAUUUGCUCAAGCUACCGAAAAUGCUAUUGUUGUUAUGCAGGAAGUUAUUGCUGGUGCUAAUUUCAUGCCGUUGCUACGUGAACUAGCUGCUGCUCAAUGGUCCUAUCAUGAAACUGCAGCCCAAAGAAUGCAAGCGUUUUUAUCAGAUUUCCCAGGAGAUAGUGAAAUGGAAAAACCGCCAUUGUCAUCUCAUCCAGACGUCGCGGGUCAACACAACGCAGCUGCUCCACCAUUCGAUACCAAGACCUCAGGUGCACCAAAGGGUGUGCCUGCUAUAUCGUUGUCUGAUGAUGCCGAAGACAAUGCUGCCGAGACUGCUAAAGAAAAUCCCAUGUUGUAA